AUGUCUCCAAUACAAAGUUUUAGAAACUUUAGGAAUAUCUUAUUGGCAUGCUUGUCUUUCACCAUAUUCCUCGUGAAUUCUAUUCCGCAAGGCAUCCCCGGCAUAGCAUUUGUAUAUCCGAAAUCCGGUUCCCGAUUUCGGCCAGGUCAAGAAGUUGUGGUCACCUUAAGCGCCGACCCUGAAAUCGAAAAAAUUGACAUUGUAACAUUCCAUUCUCAGUAUGCCAUCACCAAAACCAAUCACUCCAAGGUCAUCGCCAAAAACCUCAAAAGCCGCGGAGGGCACUUUAGUUUCAAAUUCAGAAUUCCUCCAUUCUCCCAACCGGACUCUCAGGUGUAUCUCCUGGCUCAGUACAAUACUUUCGGUAGCAACGUUUAUUCCGGAUCGCUCAUAAUAUGGGGUGCCAAAGAUUAUGUUGUCAUUAGGAAACCACGUGUCGGGGACGUUUACAAAUUAGAUCAAAUCAUCACAGCAAUUUGGGAUUAUAGAUUUGACGAAGACGAGGAGGGUGUGGUUGAAAAGGUGACCUUGUAUUUGCUCGAUGGUUACCACAAGUUGAUGCUUCUGCAAUUGGAAAAUUUCGAUUUUUUCAGUAACCAACAGGAGAUCGAUUUGAGCAUUGCGCCGAUGAUGCCUAGCAGGGAAAUUUCUUUAACCUUUGUCGUAUAUAUUAGGAAACGUGGAAGCCUUGUCUUGCGCAGAUAUUAUUCUGAUUAUUUUGCUAUUUGCUAA